AUGGGUUUCUCUUUGGCAAGUCGAUCGGUUGUACAAACGCCCGUGUACCGGUAUGGAAUUCCGACCAGAAGUGGUCUCUCUGUGCCGUCAUUGGCUCGGAUUAGGAACAUCCGUUUGUGUUCCUCCUCCUCUACGGAAAGCAACCAAGGAAUCGCGAGCAGCAACAGCAGUGGCACCAUCACCACUGUCAGUCCACAAUCCCCUCGAGAUCGGCAUGACGACUUUCCCGAAUGGGCCUACAACCAAAAAGACAAGCCCUUUUUCCGCUACGAAAUCAUUCAUCAAUCUGCCAUUAGUCAAGCCAGAGUAGGUCGGAUUCACACCCCUCAUGGGAUCAUUGACACACCCGGAUUUGUCGCUGUGGCAACCAAUGCAGCCCUGAAAGGCGUGGACUUUCGAACCGCCGAUCAAGCAGGACAACAAUUGAUCUUUGCCAAUACGUACCAUCUCAUGAUUCAUCCGGGAUCCGACAUUGUCCGCGAGGCAGGAGGCAUUCAUGCAUGGACGAACAGACGAAAUCAACCCUUUAUUACCGACUCGGGUGGCUUUCAAGUCUUUUCGCUGGCAUAUGGUAGUGUCCACGAGGAACUGUCGUCCAAGGGAGAAUUGAAACGAACGGGAGGCAAAAAGAAGAAACAGGCAGGGAAGCACAGUGAUAUGGUCAAGGUGUCCGAAGAGGGAGUUGUCUUUCGCAGUUAUCGUGACGGAAGUCGCUUUCUAUUGACACCCGAAUCCACGGUAGCGUCACAAAAGGAUAUCGGUGCCGAUAUCAUCAUCCCGUUGGAUGAAUUGCCGCCGUACCAUGUGGAUCGCGAUCGGUUGGUAGAUUCGGUCGAUCGGACUCAUCGAUGGGAGACUCGUAGUUUGAAAGAGCAUUUGAAAAACGUGCAGAAUCAGGCCAUGUACUCGGUGAUUCAUGGGGGAAUUGACCGGGAGUUGCGCACCAAAAGCAUUGACUAUCUCACGUCGCUCCCGUUUGACGGAUAUGCCAUUGGAGGGUCGCUCGGGAAUGGGCGACAGGAGUUGAAGGAAUUACUCACAUGGAUGAUGCCACUGUUCGAUCAAACACCCCAUCGUCGUAGCAAACCUCGGCAUCUCUUGGGGAUUGCCGAUGAAGAAAGUAUCCGGAACGCAGUUGUCCAUGGCAUUGACACGAUGGAUUCCUGUUAUCCGACUCGAAUUGCUCGCCAUGGAACCUUGCUCGUACGCAACAAAGAUGAUCCCAGCAAGCCGGGAACGAGUAUCAAAAUACGCAAUCAGGAGAACGCCAGAGCCUUUGGGGUCAAGAUUGACGAUGAAUGCCAAUGCACGACCUGUCAGCACUAUGACCGUGCUUAUCUGUGGCAUUUGUUCAAAGCAAAUGAGCCCAUUGCUGCGACUCUGGCUGCACAGCACAAUAUUCAUUACAUGAAUGAUCUGAUGCUGCGGCUACGGCAAGACAUUAUGGAAGAUAGAAUAUGA